CCGUUAUCGGCCCUCUCUAUCCGGGAGGUAACAAUGAUAACAGGCACUGGGAAGGAGCUUACUCCCGGAAGUUUAUGUAUGACGUCACGAGGUGGACUGUAAGACUGGGAAAGAUGAGGAAAUGAGAAAAAUAUGGGCUUUAAUCAUGACGACCAAGAUGGAAGCAGACAUCUGAAACGUAACAGAUUGACUGUUCUGAUUGCCGUCGUUCUUCUAGUCCUGUGCGAAGCGGUGUCUCAGGGAGAUGGUUAUUAUAUAGCUGAGGUUGAGUGGACAGUGGGGGCUCCUGUCUCUCAGUACUACUCCUACAAGGAUGUGUCCUUGAUCACAAUAACUAUUCCACAAGCGACGGAGCAGGUUUUCUUGACAUUGAGAGCAUUUGCUUCAGAUGAAAAAUGUGCUGUCAGAAAGGUCAAGGUUUACCUUCAGCGGGGCAGGUAUCCAGUGAUCAGUCCAAACAAUGAGACGUUCCCAGACCAUUUCCAUCUCCACCAGAGACAGGCGCAGGAGUAUGUGGUGCCCUCGUCCAACGCGUCCGUGGAAGCCACCCUCCCCUACCCCAUGCCUGGGAAGUGGUAUGCUGGAGCCAUCAUGAAGGAAUACAGCUCAGACGAGAUCAGGCAGAGGGGUUUAACCAAGGACUGUACCUACAGCCUGUCUGUGAUCACUGUGACUAAGGUGGUGGAGGAUGUCUGGGACCUUUCCAUGGAGAAAAGUCACAAGAUUCACCUCAACCAUGACCAGGAGAGACUUUACAAGUUCAGAGCACCAGACUUCACAGUGUUCUAUGACAUACAGAUGAGUGAUUGUGAGACAACAGAAGGCACUACGACUCAAGCCAUCUCACCAUGCCCCUUCAGUUUCAUGCUCUCUGGCGAGGUGGUACCUUCCAAUGCCUCCGUCACCGUCAACUGCAGCCUCAGCAACAAAACAUGCAUCCACCCUGUGACAUCACCUCCUAUGCAGGAGCCAACUUACAUCAAGUUCAUUCGUAACCCGGCAUUGCCUUUAGUGAAAACAUUGUCAUUUAAUCUUCAUUUUCAGACUUAUGAAUGCGACAAACCCACCCUACUGGAAGAUAUGGGUAAGAAGAACACCACUGAUGGCAUCGUAAGAUACUCACCCUAUAGGCGAGAACGACCUACAAAGAAAGCACAUUGUGUUACAUCUAAUUCUCUAGGCCGGUAUAAGAUAGCACCUAUAGACUUCUCAGGGGUGUUUGUGAUCCACAACUAUGGAGAACUGCCUAUCCCAGAGAAUCAGAUCCUCUUAUCAAGCCUGUGGUCUUUCUCGACUAGCUUCAACCUGGACGAAGUGGAAGACACUGGCGGAACUCUCUCAAAAUCAGCCUGGGUGUCCUUGAGGAUCGUGCAGUACCUCUCUCUUACAGAGUGCCUGCUACAAUCUCUCACAUCCACUGUAGGUACCUCUCCUUACAGAGUGCCUGCUACAAUCUCUCACAUCCACUGUAGGUACCUCUCCUUACAGAGUGCCUGCUACAAUCUCUCACAUCCACUCAAGCCCUUGGUAUGUGACCAUGCCCCACUGGUUGAGUUCAUGGUGAGUCUGUCGCCAUGUGUCGAGGAACGCUGCGGCCGUUACGGCAAGUGUAAGGAGUACAUCAGCGGCGUGCACAUCUUCAGCUCCUGUGAAUGCUAUGCAGGUUGGCAAGGGUAUGGCUGCACAGACGGAACCCAUGCGAACUCAGACACAACAGAGCUGGCCAUGACCUUGCUCUUGUCUCUUAGCAACCUCUUCUUCAUCCCAGGCAUCCUUUUGGCUCUGCAUCGACGCUACUUUGUGGAAGCCCUUGUCUAUUUUUUCAACAUGUUUUUUUCAACAUUCUACCAUGCAUGUGACAGCAGUAAGAUCUACAUCCUGUGCAUCAUGAAAUACGACACCCUCAGCUACUCAGACUUCAUGGGCUCCAUCAUGUCCUUCUGGAUGACGCUGAUGGCGAUGUCGCGACUGCACCCACAGCUGCGCUCACUGCUGCACAUGUUCGGAGUGCUCAGCAUCUCUGUGAUGAUGGACUUUGACAGACACGGCCUGUGGGAAUCCGUAGUACCAAUUGGUGGUGGAGUUCUGAUACUACUCAUUUCAUGGGCGAGAGUUUGGUGGCAGCGUCGAUCCUGUUUUCCCUCCAAAUGGCGGUACAUCAAGUUCCUCCUCCCAGGGUUCCUGUUAGCUGCCACUGGGCUGGUGGUGUUUUCCUUCUUCGAGACUCAGGAGAACUAUAUGUACACCCACAGUGUGUGGCACAUGGUGAUGUCACUCUCCAUCAUAUUCCUGCUGCCACCUCGGAGACCCGUGGCGAAAGAAAUAACAGAAGAACGUGAGUCCUUCAAUCUUGAUGAUGGAUUGGGGCAAAUACCAAGUCGAGACUUGUCUGCCAAUAUGGCAGAUCCUGGAACAAUCAACAGAAGUGAAUCUCCACAACUCCCUGCCAGCAGAAGUGGGUCUUUAGAACGUCUUGUCCUCCAGAAGGUAGCUGAGGGGUGGAGUAGCUGGAUUUGGUGGGGUGACUGGAACAAAAGGGUUGUUAUAGUGGGUGUCUAGCAGGUGAGCAGAAGCUAUAGAGGGGUGGGGUUACUGGAAGUAAGGUAGCUGAGGGGUGGAGCCGCUGGAUUUGGUGGGGUGACUGGAACAAAAGGGUUGUUAUAGUGGGUGUCUAGCGGGUGAGCAGAAGCUACAGAGGGGUGGGGUUACUGGAAGUAAGGUUGCUGAGGGGUGGAGUAGCUGGAUUUGGUGGGGUGACUGGAAGUAAGGUAGCUGAGGGGUUGAGUAGCUGGAUUUGGUGGGGUGACUGGAAGUAAGGUAGCUGAGGGGUUGAGUAGCUGGAUUUGAUGGGGUGACUGGAAGUAAGGUAGCUGAGGGGUGGAGUAGCUGGAU